CCACAGCCACAACAAAACCAUUUCCAACCACCACUUUACAGUAUCUCUCUCUCCACCAAUAUACACACAGCUACAGACUUCUUGUGAAUCUAGACUUCGAUUGGAUUUUUGCGCGGAAAUAUAGCUAUAUACACGGAUGUAGCGUCGCAAUCUCAAUUUUCCUUGUAUUCGUCUCUCUACAGCAAUGGCGUCUCCGACUCCUCUAUCUUCGCCGCAUUCUCGAAAUCCCCUGCAAUUGCCGCUACACUCCCCUCACUUCCGCCUUAUCUUGGCUGGAAUUUCGCUGUCGCAGUCGAAGCAAAAAAUUUCGCGCCAAUUAUUGUUGUGGCAGCAGCAGCAGCCGCGGAGGAGCUGGGAUUCCCUGCGCCACGUCGGAGCUAAGGAAGUUGUGAUCAAGUGCUUCGCGGAAUCGGCGGAGGAAAUAGAAAGUUCAGGUGAAUCUGACGAGGAGGUCGGUAUAGUUCAGGAUUUCCCCAACGGUGCUGCUAUUUCGCAGAGGACCUCGGAUUCUCUUUCCCUUGGGAUUCGAGAGCCAGUGUAUGAGGUUGUGGAAGUGAAAUCUAAUGGGAUCGUAUCCAAACGGAAAAUUAGUAGGAGACACUUGUUAAAAUCAAGUGGUCUCCGACCUCGAGAUGUUAGGAGCGUUGAUCCAUCGUUGUGGUUAACCAAUACAAUGCCUGUGAUAUUGGUGCGGGAAUAUGCAAUUUUGCUGAACUUGGGAUCUUUACGAGCAAUUGCAAUGCAAGAAUGUGUUUACAUAUUCAAUUAUAACCGGAGAGCAGGAAAAGCAUUUAUUGAUGCGUUGUUACCCCGCCUAAACCCGAAAAACAUGAAUGGAGGGCCCUCAAUGCCAUUUGUGCUUGAGGUAGUUGAGGCGGCACUACAUUCUCGAAUACAACGCCUCGAACAGAGAUUAAUGGAAUUAGAACCGCGUGUCCAAAAUUUGCUUGAGGUUCUUCCUAAUCGAUUGACUGCCAACAUACUGGAGGAACUUCGAAUUAGCAAACAAACACUAGUAGAAUUGGGCUCAAAGGCUGGGGCUUUGAAGCAAAUGUUGCUUGAUAUCCUUGAGGAUACCCAUGAAAUACGGAGAAUAUGUAUUAUGGGAAGAAACUGCACUCUGUCAAAAACUGACGAUAUGGAAUGCUCUGUUCCCUUGGAGAAAGAGAUAGCCGAGGAAGAGGAAGAAGAGAUUGAAAUGCUUUUGGAAAAUUAUCUCCAAAGAUGUGAAUCUUGUCAUGGUCAAGCAGAGAGGCUUCUUGAUUCAGCAAAGGAAAUGGAAGAUUCCAUUGCUGUUAACCUGAGCUCUCGGAGACUUGAAGUAAGCAGAGUGGAACUGCUCCUUCAGGUUGGGGCCUUAUGCGUCGGAGUUGGUGCCCUAGUUGCAGGUAUAUUUGGCAUGAACUUGAGAUCUUAUCUCGAGGAACGUGUGUUCGCCUUUUGGCUAACAACAGCAGCAAUUUUAGUGGGUGCUCUGCUGGGAUUCUUUCUCAUGUAUGCAUACCUCAGGCAAAAGAAGAUUUUGUAAACAUUAGAGAAGGCCCACGUUCCAACACUAUAGUUUCAAAUCUCAGUUUUGGUUGAUAUGAUUGGGGACACAUACAUUGGUAUUACUGUCAAAGAGCCUCUACAGUCCUCAGAUGCUUAUGCAAUGCUGUGUUGCAUCCUCCGGUGGUAACUCGACAGGAAGCAUGUGACUAGUGAACAAGAGGAUUCUGACUAAUUCAUUGGUGUAGGUGGCGGUGGUGUGCGAGUGCUAUUUGAAGGCAAGGUCGCAGUCAAUAGCUCACUCUAUUGCUUAUUCAUGUUCGAGGGCAGAUUAUUUACCUCGUAGCUAAAUAAUGUUAGUGUUGAUUGAGCACAUUAUGUUUGUAUGAAGCUAAGAAUGAGUGAUGAUGCAGGAAAAAACAAAAGAUCAAUUGUCAUCUAAAUUGCACCAUAUUAAGCCACACGUUUCUUAA